AUGUGGACAGCCAUCACCCUAAGCUGCUUGCUGCACUUCACGGCCACUUCACCCAUACUACAUUACAUGGUGGUGAUCCCUGCAGAUCUCCACUACCCGUCAUCCCAGGCCGCCUGUGUGCAUAUCAACUAUAAUGCGGGGAAGCUCUAUGCGACCCUGGUGCUGGAGCGCUCUGGGGGACAGGAUGUCUUGUUGCGAAAAGAGAUCACAAAGGAAAAGACCUUUGAGUGUGGCAAGUUCCAGGUUGUGCUUCCAGCUAACAGCACCGAGGAGGUUGCCCGCAUCAAACUGUUCAUCACUGGCCGCAGGAUCGAUAUUCACGAGGAGAAGAAGGUUCUGAUCCGUCGAGUCAACAGCGGCACCUUCAUCCAGACAGACAAGCCCAUUUACAAACCAGGACAGACAGUGAAAUUUAGAAUCGUCACCCUGAAUGAGGAUUUCAUUCCACUCAAUGACAUGUACCCGCUGGUGUUCCUUCAGGACCCUAACAAUAACCGGAUUGGCCAAUGGCUGGAUGUGGCUCCACAGGAAGGCAUUGCAGAUCUGUAUUUCCAGUUAGCUGCUGAGCCCCCACUGGGGACAUACAUCAUCAGCGUGGCCAAAGAGAAAGCGCACAGCAGCUUCUCCGUGGAGGAGUAUGUGCUGCCAAAAUUUGAAGUGGUUUUUGAGGAGCCAACUCAGAUUUAUGCUUUGGAUAAAACCUUUCCACUCCGCGUGUGUGGCAGAUACACCUAUGGGAAAGGCGUGCAGGGGAAGAUCCAGGUGAGCCUGUGCCAGAAGAGUUGGUGGUAUUUCUACAGUACCCAGCGACCUCCUCUCUGUCAACACUACAACAACCAGACUGAUAAGAUGGGUUGCUUCUCCACGUCUGUGUAUCUUUCUAGCUUCAACCAGAGCUCCCCCGAUUACCGCAGCAACAUAGAUGCAGUGGUCACAUUGGUAGAGGAUGGCACAGAGGUGCAGGUCAAUGCCUCCCAUAGCUUCUUCAUCUCCAGGACAGCUGGCACGGCUACGUUUGAGGAGGUUAAUCCUUAUUACUACACUGGCGAGAUCUACAGAGGGAAGAUUAAAAUUGUCGAUCACCAAGGCAAAGCAAUGAAUAACACACCAGUUUACCUUAUACUAAGCUACACCAGGCUGCGGUUUAACAAGACGUACAUCACAGAUGACUCUGGAAGCGCUUCCUUUGAGCUGAACACAAAUGCUUGGAAUGGUGACUCAGUCUCUUUGGAGGACCCAGUAUAUGUGCCAGGGACAGUCAAUGUGUAUUACCAGAAUGCCUACCACUUCAUACAGCCAUUGUACUCCACCACCAAGAGCUUCCUCAGGAUCAUACGUGUGCCAGGAACAGUGCCCUGUGGCAAAAAUGAGAGGGUGCAGGUGGACUUCAGAAUUUACGAGAAAGACCUAAGUUAUGGUCCCAAGAGUGUGGAUUUUUCCUAUUAUGUCAUUGGGAAAGUGGGGAUUGUCCUUUCAGGUCAGAAGACUUUCUUGGUUGGGUCAUCAAAGAUGAUGACGGGCACUUUCUUCAUCCCUCUGGUCUUCACCUCCGACUACGCCCCAGCUCCUACCAUUGUAGUUUAUGUCAUCUUCCCCACUGGAGGAAUCAUAGCUGAUAGCGCCCCCUUCAGGGUCUCCAUGUGCUUCAAAAAUGGGGUGAAGAUAGGGUUCUCAGAGGAUGAGGCCCUCCCUGGAUCUGAGGUCAGCCUCCAGCUGCAGGCAGCUCCCAGAUCCCUCUGCGCUGUCCGAGCCGUGGAUCAGAGUGUCCUACUGAUGAGGCCAGAGAAAGAACUGAGCAACUCCAUGGAAAUGGGCUUGAAAAUCAUAUCCAACACCCAUAUCAAGAAGCCGAGAGAGUGCACAACUACUGUGGCUAUGACAACAAUGACGGUGACUGAGUUGGAGAGCACACUCCCCAUGCUAACCAGACCUACAUUUCUCACAACAUUCCUCGGGAGUCUCACAACAACAGAACAUAGGACCACCAUUUCUCCACCUGCACCUCCAGUUGAGGAGAAAGUUCGCAAGUAUUUCCCAGAAACAUGGAUAUGGGAUUUGUUUUCGGUUGGUCCCACUGGAAACAGGGAUGUCCCAGUCACGGUGCCUGACACCAUCACUGAGUGGAAAGCUGGGAUGUUCUGCACAUCAGAGGUGGGCUUUGGACUCGCCCCAACCACCAGCCUCCUGGCCUUCAAGCCCUUCUUUGUAGAGCCCACACUGCCAUACUCUGUGAUCCGGGGAGAGACUUUCACCCUGAAAGCUACUGUCUACAACUACCUGCUGCAGUGCAUCAAGAUCAAAGUGACCCUGGCUGAGUCCCCAAACUUCCAGUUGGAGCCGUGUGAGGGCUGCGUCUACACCAGCUGCCUGUGCGCCAAUGAAGCCAAGACAUUUAAUUGGAGAGUCACAGCUAAACAACUAGGAUCGGUGAAUAUCACCCUUAGCACAAAGGCCCUGGCCACCAAAGAUCUCUGUGGAGGGGAAGUACCAUUUAUACCAGAGAGAGGACGGACAGAUACACUGAUCAAACCCCUUCUAGUCCAGCCAGAGGGAGUUCUUGUGGAGAAGGCUCACAGCUCCCUGCUUUGCCCUAAAGGAGUAACUCCAGCGCAGGAUUCUGUGUCCCUGGAGCUGCCCCCGGAUGUGGUUGAAGGUUCAGCCAGAGCCACCAUCUCCGUCAUGGGUGACAUCAUGGGGACGGCGCUGCAGAACCUGGACCGGUUGGUGCAGAUGCCCAGUGGCUGUGGGGAGCAGAACAUGGUGCUGUUUGCCCCCAUCAUCUACGUGCUGCAGUAUCUGGAAAAGACGGGGCAGCUGACCCCAGAGAUCAGGGAGAGGGCGACGGGAUUCCUGCGCAGCGGGUACCAGAGGCAGCUGCUCUAUAAACACCAUGAUGGCUCCUACAGUGCAUUUGGUACCACAGACCAGGAAGGUAACACCUGGCUGACAGCGUUUGUGGCCAAGUGCUUUGGCCAGGCCAGGCCAUACAUCUUCUUAGAUGACAAGAAUAUCCGGGAUGCACUGAGCUGGCUGCAGAUUUACCAGUUGCCCAGCGGCUGCUUCAGGAGCGUGGGGAAGCUCUUCCACACAGCCAUGAAGGGCGGCAUGGAUGGGGAGGUGCCCCUGGCUGCCUACAUCACUGCAGCACAUCUGGAGAUAGGGGAGGCACUGAAUAGCACCGUGGUGAACAAGGCCUUGAGCUGCCUCACUAGUGCCCUUCCCAACAUUACCAGCACCUACACGCAGGCACUGCUGGCCUACGCCUUCGCUCUGGCCCACGACACCCAGCGCACACAAGAGCUGCUCACUAAACUAGACCAAAAGGCCAUCAGAACAGGAGGGCAGAUUCACUGGAGCCAGGCCCCCUCCCAGCCACCCAGUGCUGGUGUGUGGUCCCAACCCCAGUCAGUGGACGUGGAGCUGACGUCCUACGUGCUCCUGGCCCUGCUCUCCAAGCUGAACGUCACUGGGGCUGACGUUGCCACAGCCUCUGGCAUUGUGGCCUGGCUCACCAAGCAGCAGAACGCCUAUGGUGGCUUCGCCUCCACGCAGGACACGGUGGUCGCCCUGCAGGGUUUGGCCAAAUAUGCAGCCCUGACGUACAGCGAGAAGGGAGACUUGGAGGUGAUAGUGAAGUCCAAGGAGAGCUUUGAGAGGAAGUUCCAGGUCACCCACAAGAACCGGCUACUGCUGCAGCAAGCAGUGCUGACAGAAAUCCCCGGGGAGUUCUCAGUGCAGGCCCAGGGCAGUGGCUGCGUCUAUGCCCAGACGGUGCUGAGGUACAAUGAGCCUCCCCCACAGGUCUCUGCGACCUUCUCUGUGCGCAUCACCACACAGCUGAUCGACUGCACCAAGGGUGACAUGCGUGUUGUCACCAUCCGCAUCCAUGUCAGCUACAUCGGGAGCAGAGUCACUUCCAACAUGGUGAUCGUGGAGGUUUCCCUAUUGUCCGGAUUUAGCCUGGCUUCGGGCUCCCUCACAUCAUUGCAGAGCAGUCCCCUGGUGAGGAAAACGGAGGUGAGCCAGAGUGGUGUCUCCAUCUACUUGGACCAGCUGAGCAAUACGACUCAGACAUACGUCCUGCAACUGGAACAGAAGAUCGAGGUGAUCAACCUGAAGCCAGGACACAUCAGAGUCUAUGACUACUACCAGCCAGCACACAGGGAGGAAGAUGUUGGAUGGAAGUCGUGCUCCCAGCAGCAGGCCCUGCCCCCGUUCAGCAGGAUUCCUGAGCUGUCCUUGCUGGGCUGA